CCUCCACCCUGAAGCGACGUUAGCUUGCAGACGAGCGAGGAAGAUUUCAAGUGUGACAAGUUUGCGGCACACAGUUUGAGGCGCUCCUGUGCUCCACUUUUCUCGGAGCAGAACAUCUGACCGGCAGCUUCACACCGACGUCCACUCCUCAAGCGGAGCCCCCCCCCCCACCCCAACUCCCACGGAAAAACACGAUAACCACGUGAAGCAUGCGCGGAUGCUAAAAGCACUCCCGCCUGCUGAGCUGCCUUUCGUCAGAGCCACUGACAGACGACCCCUCCUCCAGUGAGAUUCGCAACCCCCCCACCCCCCUCCCCGCACUAUGUCUGCCGUUGUGGAGGCCAACGUGCCAGUCGCCGCCGACCCGACUGCGGCGUCGCCGCCCGCAGCUUUGACCUCCCACUCCCCUCCCGCCUCCCCUGCGACCGCAGCAUCCAAAGUCCCGUUCAGGAAAGACAAGAAGAAAGUGCCCGACAAAACCGACGAGUACCUGCUGGCCAGGUUUCAAGGGGACGGCGUGAGGUACAAAGCCAAACUGAUCGGAAUCGACGAUGUGCCCGAAGCACGAGGAGACAAGAUGUGCCAGGACUCCAUGAUGAAGCUAAAGGGAAUGGCGGUAGCUGCUCGCUCACAAGGGAAACACAAACAGCGCAUUUGGGUCAACAUAUCCAUGUCUGGCAUCAAAAUCAUUGAUGAGAAAUCAGGAGCGAUUGAGCACGAGCACGCGGUCAACAAGAUUUCCUUCAUCGCCAGAGACGUGACGGACAACCGGGCCUUCGGCUACGUGUGCGGCGCCGAGGGCCAGCAUCAGUUUUUCGCUAUCAAGACGGCGCAGCAGGCGGAGCCACUGGUCUUGGAUCUGAAGGACCUCUUCCAAGUCAUCUUCAACGUGAGGAAGAAAGAGGCUGAGGCCUCCCAGAAGGGAGAAAAUGGCAGCGCGGUCGUUGAGAAUGGAAGUCAUGCCGUACCGGUAAAAGACGCUCAGCCAGUGGAGCAAUUGGACCUGUUUGGGGACAUGUCGACCCCUCCGGACAUCCAAGCCCCGAACGACUCUAAUGCUAUUCUCUUGCUGGACUUUUCUGCCGAAGUCGACAGCAAUCAGAAUUGCAUAAAGGGAAAGCUUUUAACUUCCUGUGCCGCCGACCACAGGGCGCCGCCCCAGACAGAGAAUCCCUUCUGCUCGCCAUUCGGCUACUUUCCGACCCCGGACAGCGACCCUUUCAGAGACGAUCCGCUGUCCAAAACGCCCCCCCGCCCCGACAACGGCCCGAUGGGCUCCGCUAGGACGGCCGUUAGCGACCCUUUGAGCGGCGACGCCGAGCUGCUCGGCCGGCAGAUGCUGGGCUUAACCAGUAAGAACAUGAUCCUCGCUCUCAGUAACGGCCAGUGGCCGCUAGGGGGCAGAAUAACACCCGGCGGCAUGAUGGAUGGCAGCGAGCCCGGAUCGGCUCUGUCGGCCCAAAACCCCUUUUUCCACUCGGACGCCUUUUCGAACGGGGCGAGUCGCCAAGUGGCGGAGAUUGCGAGCAAGGACUCUGUGGUUCUAAACCCGCCUCCGCAGAGCUCCAAGACCGGACGAGGUCGAAGGAAUCAGAAGUCGGCAGCAAGCGACUUGUUUGGAGCGGAACUGUUUGCCGGAGCCGAUGGCGCGUCAACCGGCGGCGACUUGUUCAACAACGCGCCAGCCAACUCGGCUCAGUCGUCCAUUGCAGCCCUGGGAGAUCUUCAGUUGGGUCCGCCGACCGGCACCGGCAUCCCCACCGCGGGCAUGUGGCCCGCCUCCACCGCGGCCCCCUCCAUGUACGGCGCCUACCCGCAACCGUCGGCCUUCGGCGGUCUUCCCAUACCCCCCAACGCCUGGGGUCAGCAGAUGGCCCCUCCUCAGUUGGGCGCGCCGCAUCUCGCCUGGGGCCAGCCCGCGCCGCCGGCCGCAGUUUGGGGCCACCCGGCCCCCGCCAACCCCUUCCAGCCCGGGCCCUACCCCGGCCUGGGCGAGCGGCAGGGUCCGUCCCGCCCGGCUCCCCGGCCGCCCGCCAAGGAGGCCCCGGCGAAGCCGGAGAGAAACGCCUUCACCGCUUUGGACCCCCUUGGCGACAAAGAGAAGAAGACGGGCAAAGAUAUGUUCAAGGACUUCCAGCUGGCCAAGCCGCCCGCCAUCCCCGCUCGGAAAGGCGAGCAGGCGGCCGCCUCGGAAUCGGAGGCUUUCGAUCAGUACUUCUCCAAGAAAGUGGGCUUGGCUCAAGAGGUGGCGGACCACGACGACUUUGACAUCAGUCGAAUGUCGGCGCCGGCCAACGACGCGCCGCCGCCUUUGAGCGUCGACGCCCCCUGCCUCCUUGACGCCUUCUCCUCCGACAGCUCGGCACCCGGACCGGGCUUCAGCCUAGACAAGUUUGACGAGGCCUUUGGAGCCCCCAACGCGGCUCCGUUCGGGGUCCCGCCUGUCCCAGCGACUGCUCCUAUUGCUCAGAACUCCACAGGUGCCUUUGGAAAUCCCUUUGCUUGACCAUACUUAAAAUUCUCAAAUGGAGAUUGCAUGAAGUAACAUCAUCUCGGGGACAAAUCGCCGUGAGACAAUCAAAACGAUGGCCUCGUCCAGCCUUCUUCCACGUGGCUGUCUGUUAUUUGCUCUGUCUGAUUAGUCGUUCCCUUAUUUCCUAAGAGCAUUGAUCCAACACAUGUUACGUCAUGAUCUGCUGAAGUGAGAGAAAGAGUGAGAGAGGGAAAAAAACAUGGUAUGAGAGAAAUGUCCAAAGAUGUUGCAUGUAUUGAAAAGAAAAAUAAAAUAAUGACAAAGCA